AUGGCUCCCGUUUCGUUUGCAGAGGACGAGAUUGUUUCCAUGGCUGACUCGACCACCACCAUUGACGACAUUGAAGGGGAGCUCUUCAAGAUCGAGAGGAUCAGGGAGAUCCUGGUGAGGAGGGAGUCAGAGCUGCGGUACAUGAUGGAUGACAUUCAGCUUUGUAAAGAAAUCAGCCGGCUGAAAAAGGAGCUUCAGAAACUCAUAGCCCUUCCAGAGAACGAGAAGUCCAACGAGGAGAAGCAGAGGGAAGAGGAGCUGGUACAGCAGAUACACAAGCUGGUGGAAACCCGGGAUUUCCUGGUGGACGAUGUGGAGUUUGAGAGGCUCAGGGAAAGGGAAGAAGACAAGGAAAUGGCAGAGUUCCUGCAAAGUAAGCUCUCCAAAAGCUACCUCCAGAAAGCAACUCCUGUCAAAGAAAAGAAAAUGACUUCCAGGGGGCAGCAAACCUCUGCACCGUACAUGACCAAAACGGGCCUCACCCUGCUCAAGGAGUGCUGUGGCUUCACCUGCUCCAUCAUGUAGGCCAGCCCCCAGCUCCUCUGCACAGGACAUGACCAUGGUCUCCAGCCAGAGUCCACAAUCUGCUCUCCUCCGAGAGUUUCAACUUCCCGUCAUUGUUCAUGCUUCCCACUGCAGCACCACCACCGAAGAGACUUCCCAAGCAGGCUGGUGCAAACUUGAAUGAUGGCAUGUGUCUUUGGUGCCACAUCAACGGUUGUCUCCUCCAUGACAUCAACAAACACCGAAUUCCACCCAAGCUCAGCUUGGAAGAGGUGUGUGCAGCAGC